AUGGACGAUGGGUGGAGCCCGCCUUCCUCCGACGUGGCCGCUCCGAAUUCGGCCGUGACAACAGCAACUUCCGGCCCCUCCCUCCCGUCGCUAUGCAACGGGAUAAAAGGGAAAGGCGGACGAGUCAUCGCAAAUAUUAUUCACAGUACCGUGGGCUAUCAUUCCAAGACGAUCCGUUUCUUGCAUGUGGCCUUCGACAGCUCUGGAGAUUCGUUGCUUGCCGGAGACCAUCAAGGGAAUAUCUAUGUUUUUGAUCUUGUGGCCAACCGGUUUAACCUGGUUCAACGCACAGCACAAUCUUGCACCGCUCUGGCUUCUGGUCUUCGCCGGAAAACGGAAUUUCUCGUCGCUUUGGCUGACUAUUCCAUCAAGUGCUUUGAUACAGAUACCAAAGAACUUGUUAGUUGGAUGAGGGGCCAUGAUUCUUCCGUGUCCUCCAUCUCUGUUCACGGCUCUGGCCGAUACGCCAUCACAACCUCUGCAGACACGGCCCAGCUAUGGGAUCUUGACACCUUUCAGCGGAAAAGGAAGCUGAAUGUUCGCCAGUCUGUGGGCAUCCAGAAGGUCUUCUUCCUCCCACUAAGUAACACCAUUAUCAGCUGCUUUAAGGAUAACUCCAUCUUUGCCUGGGAAUUCGAUACUCUUCACUGCAAGUAUCAGUUGCCGUCUCCAAUAGAAGGCUCGUCCUUGCGUUACAAAGUUUUUGCGGCUACGCGAGACGGCCGUGUCCUGGCAGCCGGUGGCAAGUCGAAUCACCUUCACUUGUGGUGUUUGGAGUCCAGGCAGCUGUUGAGGAUAAUCCAGAUGCCAACGAAGGUGCGCUCAGUUCGCCACCUGGAAUUCCUCGCAGACAGUUUUGAUGGCGGUUCUAAUCAGGUUCUCGGAGUGCUGAGUCAAGACAGCAUCAUGAGAUUUAUCCACGUACAGACGUGCAAGCUCCUCUUUGAUGUCGGCAGCCACGAAGAGGGAAUCGGCACAGCUGCCCUCAGCCCCAACGGAAGGUACAUUGCGGCGGUCAUGGAAAACGGCAGCCUGAACCUGUAUAGCAUCCAAGCUCUGACACAAGAGCUUAAUAAGCCUCCCCCACCUUUGUUUAAAGUGAUAGACGAGCCUUCCAAAGGCACACCCAAGCUGACCAUGAGAGUGGUGUCCGGAAGGCCAGAGAGGCCUUGGAAACCGAAAGGGAACAAAGUCCACGCUAAAAUGUUGAGGCGGCAGCCCAAUGCGUCACUUGAGGACAAAGAGAAUGAGUUGCCAGACGGACUGAACAAGAAACGACUGCAAGCCUUGCUGAAGGGUUUUGGGGAGUAUCCGGCCAAAUACAGGAUGUUUGUGUGGCGGUCCUUACUCCAGCUUCCGGAAAACCACUUGGCCUUCAGCAGCCUGUUGGAUAAAGGGACCCAUUCCGCGUUCGCCCAUCUUCAGAAUGAAUAUCCUAUUAAAAGCCGGAAGCUCCUGAGAGUCUUACAAAGGACGUUGUCUGCUCUAGCUCACUGGUCCGCCAUCUUUGGCGAGAUGCCCUACAUCCCUCUGCUGGCCUUCCCUUUUGUCAAACUCUUCCAGAACAACCAGCUCAUCUGCUUUGAAGUGGUGGCCACUGUCAUAGUGAACUGGUGUCAACACUGGUUUGAGUUUUUCCCCAAUCCUCCCAUCAAUGUUCUAAGCAUGGUGGAAAACCUCCUGGCCCAUCACGACAAGGAACUGCUGCAUCAUUUGAUGACCUGCAAUAUAACAUCACAGGUAUACGCUUGGCCACUUCUAGAAACCAUGUUCUCUGAGGUACUGACAAGAGAAGAAUGGCUAAAAAUGUUUGACAACGUCUUCUCCAACCACCCUUCGUACCUCCUGAUGCUUGUUGCCGCUUACGUGAUAUGUUCCAGAGCGCCUCUGCUUCACUGUAAUCAGAAAGAAGACUUUGAGUAUUUCUUCCAUCACCGAAACAACUUGGAUCUCAACGCCAUGAUGAAGGAGGCCUACCAUCUCAUGGAGUGCACCCCGGCAGACAUCCAUCCCCAGCAUACGCUGGAUGACUUUGUGCCCCUGACUAAGGGGCAGUACCCAAUAUUUAAUAAGUACCCCAAGUUCAUUGUGGAUUACCAGUCACAAGAGCGAGAGCGGAUCCGGCAGGAGGAAAUCGAGUACCUGAGAGAGAGGCAACUCGUCCAUGAGGUCGAAGCAAAAGCGGUCCAGCGGAAGGUGGACGACGAAAAGUGGUAUCGGAAGCAAGAGCUCCUCCGUGAGGCUGAGGAGCAGAGGCGGAAGAUUCUGCUCAAGGAAGAGGAGAAGCUGGCGGAGCAGAGGCAGAGGCUGGCCGCCGUAAAGAGAGAGCUGAAAGUCAAGGAGCUGCAGUUACUGGAAGCCGCAAGGAGGCGCUUUCUGAAAUACCAGCAAGAUCAGCGGGAAAUGGAGCUGAACAGGCUCGACGACGAAAUUGCGAGAAAGGCGUCCCUGAGAGAUCGCGAAACGGCCGCCACCAUUCGAGAUGUGGAAGUGCAGCAGAUGGAGCUGGAAGCUCAAAGGCGGCUUUUCGAGCAGAAACUUGUCAAAGAAGAGGAAACGGUGACACAGGAAAUGAAAGGGGAGCUGAAUGCCAACAGAAGAAAGGCAGAUCUUGAGGACCAGCUCCUUCAGAGGCUGGUUGAAGCGGAACAGGCCGGCAAACGUAACGCUCAAAUUCUGGCCGAAGAACAUCUGGCCAAGACAGGCCAACAGCUCAUUGAUGCCGACUGGCGAGCUGAAGCCCUUCACAAGCAGCGAUGCGAGGAUCUGGACCGUGAGGCGUGCUAUCAAGAGCUGGCGAAGCACCUCCGUGGCAACAGAGCUAUGGAGUCGGAGCUGCUGGAUACCCUGAGAGAAGAGGAGGCUAAGAAAUGGGAGGAAGUUCUGGAAAAGAGAGAGCAGGUGGCAGCGGAGCAGGCUAUUACCGCAGUGCUGGACGCCAACCGGAAGCGGCUUCUGGAGCGUGAAAUGGACGACGCCGUGGAGCUGGCAGUGAAGCUUCAAGAUGACGACGGCUAUUUCGAGAGGCUGCGUGACUUGAGAAUCUCCCAGACCCAACAAGGCCCUCAGACCCCCUCGAAAACUGCUUCACAGCCUGGCAACGUCUGCCUAAACGAUUCAUCAGCAGUGGACUCCUCGGUACCCUUUUCUUUAGACAGAGGACGGCAACAUCUGGAAUCUAGAGAGCGGGAAUUGAUGGCAGAAGUCAGACAGCUGAGGCAAAAGCUUACGUCACAGGCUCGGGCGAAAUAUACCCCAUCACCAGACGCACAGUGGAGCUGAAGGGACACGGUCCGCCUGCCACUAGAACUUCAGUGAAUU